AUGUACCCGACAAUUCAGUCGAAGGCGCCCGCUGCCCUGGAGAUGGUCUCUACUCCGCUAGUCGUCAGCCAGGACUCCACCAUCGUAGUGAGGCGCACAUUCAUCGAGGAGGUGGACACGCCGGGAGAUGCGCCUGGCGCCCUCCGCACGCGCUGCUGCUCCGACUCGGCGCUGCUCCGGGUGGGCGAGCCGCGGCACCCGUGGCACACGGAGAGCGAGGCGGCGUGCGCUGCCUCGGACGCGGAGGAGGCGGAGCCUGAGCUCUGUGGCCUGUCCGAUGGAACGGCCGACACGACCCUGGACCGACCCGACGACGCCGCGGACGACGCACCUGCCAGAGGGGCCGGCGCCCUGCUGUGCUACGCGGCGCACCUGCCAGAGGGGCGGCGCACCUGCCAGAGGGGCGGCGCACCUGCCAGAGGGGCCGGCGCCGACGACGCCGCGGACGACGCACCUGCCAGAGGCACCCUGCUGUGCUACGCGCACCUGCCAGAGGGGCCGGCGCCACCCGCCGGGCCAAGGGCGCCCAUAUGGGCGUCCGCCGUGCCUGCGCCCGCCGUGGGCUUUGACCGCCUCCUCCAGGAGAACCGGAGGCUGGCCCUGGAGAACCAGAUGCUCAGGGAGAGCACGCGGCUCGCAGAGGGCCAGGGCCACCCCGCCCAGCGGAGCGCGGUGGCCGCCGCGGGCCGGCAGGCGGUCGCGCUGGGCGCCUGGGCGGUUCCCAUGGGCAUGGUGGCCCUGCCCGUGCUCGCGUGCGCAGCACAGCCCGCGGCCAUGCCGCCGGAUGGCGGCGCGCUCGGUGCCACUCGGCGUGGCGGGCGGGGCGGAAGCACGCGGCUGGCGCAGGCGCCAGCUCAGGGCGCGGGGGCCCGGGGGCCUCCGCCCGCGGCGCCCGAGCGUGAGCGCACCACGGUCAUGGUGCGCAACCUUCCCAACAACUACUCGCGCGUGAUGCUGCUGGAGCUGCUGGACCGGCUGGGCUUCUCGGGGAGGUUUGACUUCCUCUACCUGCCCAUAGACUUCAAGUCGGGCUCCUCCUUGGGGUACUCCUUCGUCAACCUUGUGGACCCGGGCGCUGUCCGCGCUUUCUGGAGCAGGCUCGAUGGCUUCUCCGACUGGGACCUGCCCAGCAGGAAGGUGUGCAGCGUCGGCUGGACCGGCCCGCACCAGGGGCUGGACGCCCACAUCGAGCGGUACCGCAACAGCCCCGUUAUGCACCCCACGGUGCCCGACGCGUACAAGCCCGCCGUCUUCGAGGGCGGAGUGAGGGUGCCCUUUCCGGGCCCCACCAGGGCCACGCCCGCGCCCCGCGUCCGCAACAGGCCCCCGGGCGACCCUGAGGCGCCGCGCGGCUGGCCAGCAGGGGCCUGA